UUUCCACGCCACUGCUUUUUCCUUUAAACACGAUCACUGCGCUCUCUGUGAGAUUUCUGUGCAUUUGCUUUGACACUUUGAGCGAAAACAAAAACAUUGUGGGUGGAAAACACAAAAUGAGAAAUAAUCUCGAUUUUUACACGGUGAAGGAGAGGAUUUUCCUCGUGAAGACAUUCUACAAGAAUGACAGUGAUGCAAAGUGCGUGAAGAGUAAGUAUUUACUGGAAUACGGAGCCACAAUCGAUGGGCCGACGGAGGAACUUAUUUUUGAAGUCAUUAAUCUGUUUGAGGAAACUGGCAGCGUCCGGGAGAUUCCAGAGCAGAAGGUGUCACUCGACGAUCCGUUCGGUGACAGCGGACUUUUGUGUGAAAUCAAGGUUGAAGCACCGGAAAUCAAGACUGAGGAUGUAGAUUACACUCAGGAUUCUCAUGGUGUGGAUGACAAUGUGUUCCACACGGAAGACAGUGAACAUAAGCGGGUGCAAAAGGAAAAAACAUCCACCAUGCGAAGAAAUAGGGUAAGGAUAAAAGGCGGCGGGGGAGAAUUUGCCUGUGACAUUUGCAAGCAGACCAGCAAGACGAUUCGUGGCAUCAGAAUCCACAUGGCUCGUCAUGCCACCGAGAGGCUGUCCUGCAAGUAUUGCCAGGAGACUUUCCCGUCCAAGUUCCAGCUGAAGCGGCACAGAGCGGAGAUGCACAAGAAGGCGCCGAAAGUCAAGGCGCCAGUCCAGUGUCCGCUGUGCCCCAAGACAUUCCGAGAGGCGAACAACAUGCGCAAGCACCUGCCAGUGCACUCGGACAAGAAGGAUGCGGUGUGUGAGGUGUGUGGCAAUGCCUACAAGAGCAAGCACACGCUGCGCAUCCACAUGAGACUGCACACUGGAGAGGAGCCCUUCAAGUGUGACUACCAAGGCUGCGGCCGCACGUUCAGGAGCCAGGGCUCCUUCAUUAUCCACAAGCGGAGCCACACGGACGAGAGACCCUAUCCGUGUCCGCACUGCGGCAAGGGAUUCAAGGACCGCGGCAACCUGAGGGCACACAUCCGAGUGCACACGGGCGAGAAUCCCUACAAAUGCGAAUUGUGCGGCAAGGAAACGAAACAGAAGCAAAAUCUGCAGAGCCACAUGAUCCAUUACCACAAAAUAUACGGCAGUAAAUAAAGUCGUGACG